AUGUCCGUCUCUUUCAUCUACAAUUUACAAUACAUUCUCUUCCUCUCUAGCUCCCUCUUCCCCCCCCACUCACUGUCUCUCUCUCUCUCUCUCUCUCUCUCUCUCUCUCUCUCUCUCUCUCUCUCUUUCAUUUUAAUUUUUUUUUUUUUUACUUUCUCCCACCGCCACUGCCUUUUUUUUUCUUACUUUCUUUUUCUUUCUUUUUUUUUCUUCUUUUUUCUGUCCCUUUCUCUCUUUCUUUCUUCCGUCUUUUCUUUUCUCUCGCUCUGUCGUGUUCUUUCAUUCCAUAUAAGCCUUUGUAUUCUUUCUUUCUUUCCAUCUUUCUUUAUUUUUUCUUCCUUUCUUUCUUUCUUUCUUUUUGGCAUUACUUUCAUUUUCCUUCAUAUCAUCCUUUUUUUUCUUUCUUUCUUUUUCUUCUUUCUUUCUUUCUUUUUUUCUUCUGUUCGGUUUCUUUCUCUAACCAUAGCAUUUGCUUUUAUUUCAUGUACAGCUUUCUUUGUUUUUUUGUUUUUUUUUUCUUAUCUUUUUUCUAUCUAUUCCUUUUCAUCCGCUUGUUCAUUUUCUUUCAUUCUAUGUACGAUUUUGGUUUCUUUCUGUUCUCCCCAUUUUUUCUUCCUUUGUCUCAUUCUUUAUCCAUCUUUCUUUUCUCUCGUCUUAAUAUUUGCUUUCAUUACAUAUAAACUAUUUUCUCUGAAUAUUUAUUGUUCUGACUCUUCUUAUUCUCUCGAUCAUACAUUUUCCUUCAUUCUACUUACGCCUUUGUUUUCUUUCUUCCUUCCUUCCUUUCUUUCUUUCUUUGGUUCAUUCUUUCUUUCUUUCUUUCUUUCUUUCUUUUGUUCUUUCUUUCUUUUGUUCAUUCUUUCUUUCUUCCUUUCUUUCUUCCUUUCUUCUUUUCUUUCUUUUGUUCUUUCUUUCUUCCUUCCUUUCUUUCUUUCUUUCUUUGUUCAUUCUUUCUUUCUUUCUUCUUAG